UUCUAUCCAUGGGCCCACUGGGGGUCUGUAGAACCCAGAAGAAUGUCUUCCAAGCAAGCCGCCUCUCCAUUUGCCUGUGCAGCUGAUGGAGAGGAAGCGAUGACCCAAGAUUUGUCCUCUCGGGAAAAGGAAGAGGGCAGUGACCAGCACGUGACCUCCCACCUGCCUCUUCACCCUAUCAUGCACAACAAACCUCACUCUGAGGAGCUACCAACUCUUGUCACCACCAUUCAACAAGAUGCUGACUGGGACAGUGUCAUCUCAGCCCAGCACAGAAUGGAAUCAGAGAAUACUAAGUUAUGUUCCCUCUAUUCCUUCCGAAAUACCUCUACCUCACCACACAAGCCUGACGACGGGGGUCGGGACCGAGAGAUAAUGACCAGCGUCACUUUUGGAACGCCAGAGCGCCGCAAAGGGAGCUUGGCAGACGUAGUGGACACAUUGAAACAGAAGAAGUUGGAAGAGAUGACCCGGACUGAGCAGGAGGACUCAUCCUGCAUGGAAAAACUACUUUCGAAAGACUGGAAGGAGAAAAUGGAAAGAUUAAAUGCCAGUGAGCUUCUUGGAGAAAUUAAAGGUACCCCUGAGAGUCUGGCAGAGAAAGAACGGCAGCUCUCCACCAUGAUCACCCAGCUGAUCAGCUUACGGGAGCAGCUCCUGGCUGCACACGAUGAGCAGAAAAAGCUAGCCGCCUCCCAGAUUGAGAAGCAGAGGCAGCAGAUGGACCUAGCUCGCCAGCAGCAAGAGCAGAUUGCGAGGCAGCAGCAGCAACUUUUGCAACAGCAGCACAAAAUCAAUCUCCUGCAGCAGCAAAUUCAGGUUCAGGGUCACAUGCCUCCGCUCAUGAUCCCAAUUUUUCCACACGACCAGCGGACACUGGCGGCAGCUGCAGCUGCCCAACAGGGAUUCCUCUUUCCCUCUGGAAUACCGUACAAACCAGGUGAUAACUACCCCGUACAGUUCAUUCCAUCAACAAUGGCAGCUGCUGCUGCUUCUGGACUGAGCCCUUUACAGCUCCAGAAAGGGCAUGCCUCCCACCCACAAAUUAGCCCAAGACUAAAGGGCCUAAGUGAACGUUAUGGCAGGAAUUUGGAUACCUUUGAACAUGGUGGUGGCCAGUCUUACAACCACAAAAAGAUUGAGCAGCUCUAUGCGGCCCAGCUGGCCAGCAUGCAGGUGUCACCUGGUGCAAAGAUGCCGUCUACUCCGCAGCCACCAACCACAGCAGGGGCGGUCUCACCUACUGGGAUGAAAAAUGAAAAGAGAGGGACCAGCCCUGUAACUCAAGUUAAGGAUGAAGCCGCACAGCCCCUGAAUCUCUCCGCCCGACCCAAGACAGCCGAGCCGGCAAAGUCCCCAACAUCUCCCACGCAGAGCCUCUUCCCAGCCAGCAAAACCAGUCCGGUAAACCUGCCAAACAAGAGUGGCAUUCCCAGCCCCAUCAGAGGAAGCCUGGGAAGAGGAUCCUCUUUAGAUAUCCUGUCCAGUCUCAACUCGCCUGCCCUGUUUGGGGACCAGGACACGGUGAUGAAAGCCAUCCAGGAGGCCCGGAAGAUGAGAGAGCAGAUCCAGCGGGAGCAGCAGCAGCCGCACGGCAUCGAGGGCAAGCUGGCCUCCAUGAACAACACUGGCCUGAACAACUGCAGGAGUGAAAAGGAGAGAACACACUUUGAGAAUCUGGGCCCCCCGUUAACAGGGAAGUCCAACGAAGAUGGGAAACUGGGCCCAGGAGUCAUUGAUCUGACCCGGCCUGAAGAUGCAGAGGGAAGUAAAGCCGUGAAUGGCUCUGCAGCUAAACUACAGCAGUAUUAUUGUUGGCCAACAGGAGGUGCCACGGUGGCUGAAGCCCGAGUCUACAGGGAUGCCCGCGGCCGGGCUAGCACCGAACCACACAUCAAGCGACCAAUGAAUGCUUUCAUGGUUUGGGCAAAGGACGAGAGGAGGAAAAUCCUUCAAGCCUUCCCUGACAUGCACAACUCCAACAUUAGUAAGAUUCUAGGCUCUCGCUGGAAAUCCAUGUCCAACCAAGAGAAGCAGCCGUAUUAUGAAGAGCAGGCCCGGCUAAGCAAGAUCCACCUAGAAAAGUACCCGAAUUACAAGUAUAAACCCCGACCAAAACGCACCUGCAUUGUGGACGGCAAAAAACUCCGCAUCGGAGAAUACAAACAGCUGAUGAGAUCUCGGAGACAGGAGAUGAGACAGUUCUUCACUGUAGGGCAACAGCCUCAGAUUCCCAUCACCACAGGAACGGGUGUUGUGUAUCCUGGUGCUAUUACCAUGGCAACUACCACACCAUCUCCUCAGAUGACAUCUGACUGCUCCAGCACGUCAGCCAGCCCGGAGCCCAGCCUCCCUGUCAUCCAGAGCACUUAUGGCAUGAAGACAGACAGCGGAAGCCUGGCUGGGAAUGAAAUGAUCAACGGUGAGGAUGAGAUGGAAAUGUAUGACGACUAUGAAGACGAGCCCAAAUCAGACUAUAGCAGUGAAAACGAAGGUCCCGAAGCCGUCAGUGCCAACUGAGGAGUGUUUGCAGAAUCAAAAUGCUCAGACUGGGGUUUUUUUUCUUCUUUAUUUUUUCCUGAACAAAAAAAAAGUCUUAAAGAGCCCGCAUGCAUUUGUGGCUCCCCAAUUACAUCAGCAGAAUGGUCUUAAUUGUUUCAUAAUGUGUGAGACAGAUGGAGUUUUCCCUGAUUUUUCAUGAA